AUGACCGACUUGUGCUGCUGCUCCCCUUGCUGCCAGCCUACGUGCUGCAGGACCACCUGCUGCAGGACCACCUGCUGCCAGCCCAGCUGCUGCGGGUGCGGCGGCGGCUGUGGACAAGGCGGCAGCGGGUCCAGCUGCUGCGGGUCCAGCUGCUGCCAGCCUUGCUGCUGCCCCCCAACUUGCUGUCAGACCACCUGCUGCCGGCCCAGCUGCUGCGGCUGCUGCCAGCCUUGCUGCUGCCGCCCCACUUGCUGUCAGACCACCUGCUGCAGGACCACCUGCUGCCGGCCCAGCUGCUGUGUCUCCAGCUGCUGUCAACCCAGCUGCUGUGGGUCCAGUGGCUGUGGACAAACUUGCUGUGGGUCCAGCUGCUGUCAGCCAGCCUGCUGUACCCCCGUGUACUGCAGGAGAACCUGCUACUUCCCCACCUGCUGCUGCUUGCCUGGAUGCCUAGCCCAGGGCUGUGGAUCCAGCUGCUGCUAG